UGAUAACGUGGCAGUUUCAGAAAAAGUUUAAUAAUGAAUAUUUGCAAUUGGAUGGAUAUGUUUAAUGUCAAAAUUAUGUCAUUUUGAGACGACGGUGUUCCAGUAGUGUGAUAGACUUCUCUCUCCCUGUCCAAUUUUCAAGCCACAGUGCCUUCAGUGCAUAUUCAAGAGAAAUAACAGGUGUUGUUUACACUGUUGGUUUUAAUAGAUUGCCUGGUUUUACACUUUAACUAAAGUCAAUUGACCCUAGUUUAUUUGAUCUCCGUGUGAUCACUCCAACAGAGUAAACUUGAUUUCUACAAGGAGUUAGGUAAAAAAAAAAAGAUUUGUUUUUGGGUAGCUACUACUGACCAUCAGCUAGGCUACUUGUAGAUGACAGUUAGUGAUUACGCUUACCGAGGCGCGUUAUUUUCUUGUAGUGACUUUAUAAUAAAGUUUCUGGUCAUCAAAAUAUGCAAAAGAACAGAAAAUAGCCUCACUAAAACAGUAUGCGUGCACUACUAUGCAUAUUAUUCUCAUAGGCCUAUGUAUUUAUAAUUAGACGCGUUUCAGGAAUUUAAGUGACUGACAGAUAAGUCAGUCCCUCGUUUACAAAAAAAAUAUUCUAUGUGUACAGUUAUGAAGGUUAUGGUUAUAGUUUUUUACGCGGGCUGAAUUUUUUUUAUGCACCCAACUUACAUUAAUCAUCUGCCUCAAGAACACCUUUUCAUGAAUGGACACAUGCAUGUGCGCUCUCUGUGACGCAAUGUCCGCGCAAGGCUGGCUCUAAAAGUUACUUUAGCGGUGCGUGUUGGAGUAAAAUUGUUUGGAAUACACGCGCGGGUGAAGCGCGCAGAACGUUUCUGCGCCCGAACAGGAUCAGCGUGAGCGGGAAGAGCGAGCGGUGCGCGCGCACUGGCGAACAGGGGAGAAUAUAGUUUACCACUUUGUUUCGCACCAUAUGAGUUUCAGAAACCGAGGCACAUAAUCUUUUUAUUAUUAUUAUUUCACGGACUUAACGGAUGCCCCUGGACAGUGGAAACCAGGGUUAGCCUCUCUUGCUCCUUCAAGUACUUUCGUUGGGAUGGGCUAUUUUCAUAACGUCAUUUCAUUCCUCCCUCUUUUUCAUGCUCUCUUUCUUUGAUUCUUUCUCCCACCAUUUCCUAAAUGGAACAGAUUGCAGCACCCCACUCGUUUUCCUGCCUGCAAAGUUUGGUUUCUAACGUGUACACCGUCUGCACGUUCUCCUUUGCCGGGCGUCUCUUGAUUUAACGGACUCGAAGUGGAAGUCAGAAGUGGCGGCGGUGGAAGUGUUAAUCAUGAUGAGGCUUGCCAUGAUUAACUGUGAAAAAUGAUCCACUAACUUGUCGGUGUUUUGCCACAUUUCAAGUCACGCGCCCCCCUUUCAACAUGAUGUAUUCUCCUCUCUGUCUAACUCAGGAUGAAUUCCAUCCGUUCAUCGAAGCGCUGCUGCCGCAUGUGCGUGCCUUCGCCUACACCUGGUUCAACCUGCAGGCCCGUAAGCGCAAGUAUUUCAAAAAGCACGAGAAGCGGAUGACCAAGGAUGAAGAGCGCGCCGUCAAGGAUGAGCUCUUGGGUGAGAAGCCCGAGGUCAAACAGAAGUGGGCUUCGCGCCUCCUCGCCAAGCUCCGCAAAGAUAUCCGGCCUGAGUGUCGGGAGGACUUUGUGCUGUCCAUCACGGGGAAGAAGCCUCCAUGUUGUGUCCUCUCAAACCCGGACCAGAAGGGGAAGAUGAGGCGAAUCGAUUGUCUGCGGCAGGCGGAUAAAGUCUGGCGUCUGGACCUGGUUAUGGUGAUUCUGUUCAAGGGCAUCCCGCUGGAAAGCACGGAUGGGGAGCGGCUGGUCAAAGGCGGCCAGUGCUCUAAUCCCAUCCUCUGCGUCCAGCCUCAUCACAUCAGUGUGUCCGUCAAAGAGCUGGACCUCUACCUCGCUUACUUUGUGCAGGAGAGAGAAGCUGAACAGAGCAGUAGUCCUCGCACAGGCAUUGGUUCAGAUCAGGAGGACAGUCGAGCAGCCACCAUGGAUGCUCCAGAGUUUCAAGAUAGCUUCAUAACUUCAGGCGUCUUCAGUGUAACAGAACUGGUGCAAGUAUCAAGAACACCAGUGGUGACGGGUACGGGGCCGAACUUUUCUCUCGGAGAGCUGCAGGGUCAUCUUGCUUAUGAUCUGAACCCUUCAGGGGUGGGAAUGAGGAGGACCCUUCCCAGCACCUCCUCUAGUGGAAGUAAGAGACACAAGUCUGGAUCCAUGGAGGAUGAUAUAGACACCAGCCCAGGGGGCGAGUACUACACCUCUCCCAACUCCCCUGCCAGCAGUUCACGCAACUGGCCAGAGGAGAUGGAAGGAGGAAUCUCCCCUACAGUUAAGAAGACAGAGAUGGAUAGUCCAUCUCCUCAGGAGAGCUCUCCACGUCUCAGCUUCACACAGCACCACAGACCUGUCAUUGCAGUGCACAGCGGUCUCUCUCGGAGUCCACAUCCCUCCUCGUCUCUGCACUUCCCUGGCGCUCCUAUUCUCCCCCAGACUGCCUCCACCUACUUCCAGCACACGGCCAUCCGGUACCCCCCACACCUCAGCUCUCAAGACCCGCUCAAGGAUCUUGUCUCUCUGGCCUGUGACCCGUCCAAUCAACAGCCCAGCCCACUGAAUGGCAGUGGUCAGGUGAAGGUAUCCAGUCACUACAUCACCUCUCAGAUGCUGGCCCCCCCGCCACCCCCCGGCCUGCCCCGUUUGACGCUGCCCCCAGAGUCCAAAUCCAGCACCACCUCUGCAGACGCAGCUGCCAGCUCACCCACCUCCCCCACUUACUCUGCUCCCGGGACGCCACCUGCCAACCGCUCCUUCGUAGGAAUUGGUUCUCGAGACACUGGCAGUCUGUAUCAGGCACAGUCCUGGUAUCUGGGGAACUGAUCGUCACACACACGCAGACGAACCCGAGGAGGCACAGACAUGGAUUAAUUUUUUUUUUUUUUUUGUGGGAUUUAUGAGAAAAAAGUUGUGAACAAGAUGCAAGAGGGAAAAUCAGAUAUAUAUGCAGUAUUUGUAUACACACACACACACACACACACACACACACACACAUAUAUAUAUAUAUUAGGGGUGUAACGGUUCACAAAAUUCACGGUUCGGUUCGAUACGAUACACUGAUGUCACGGUU